ACCAAAAUGGCGGAUGGAGCGGUAACAUAACUGCUUGUCUGACCUUUACCUUUUAUAUAGAAUGCAGGAAAACUGCAUCAGAAUGGACUAAAUCUGGCCCAGCAGACUUAGGACAUCACCAGGAUACACUGGUGUGUUUCACAACAGCAGAACUACAGCAGAAAAACUCAUGGAGAAGAAAGAACAGGAGCUGAGAGAAGCAGCCGAACGAGGUGAGGAGGACAGAGUUAAAAAGCUCCUGGCCGAGGGAGUCAAUGUCAAUGCUGGCCGUGGUACAGAGACUGCUCUCCACUCUGCAUCCUUGAAUGGCCACACAGGAACUGUGCAGGCUUUACUCACAGCUGGAGCGGAAAUCGACGCACGAACCUACGCGGAAUGGACUGCUCUCCACGAAGCAUCCUAUCGCGGCCACACAGGAACUGUACAGGCUUUACUCACAGCUGGAGCAACAGUCAAUGCACAAACCAACUCGAGAUCGAUUGCUCUCCACAAAGCAUCCAGUCGCGGCCACACAGGAACUGUACAGGCUUUACUCACAGCUGGAGCAACAGUCGAUACACGAAACUAUAUGAAUGAGACUCCCCUUCAUGAGGCAGCAGAGGGAGGACACCCCGAGUGUGUCAGAGUACUGCUGAGGGCUGGAGCCAACACUGUUAUUAGGAACAGGGAUAAUAAGACAGCAGAAGACCUUGCAGUACAAGAGGAUGUGCAGCAGGAGUUCCAGUUCUUUAAAGCUCUCCAACCUAAAGUGGUUGAUGACUUGCUCACUAUCAACCUCAGUGACAAAGAACUGACCUCCGUGCCAGCCGAGUUGUUUGACAACAGAGACGUCGAAUGUCUUGUCCUGUCUGACAACAAGCUGACGAGCAUACCUGAGGUGAUAGGGCAACUACAGAAGCUUCAAAAGCUUGAUCUUAAAAAUAACCUGCUGACACAACUGCCCCAGGCAAUCACCACUCUACCUAACCUACAGGACAUUGACUUGUCACACAACAAGUUGGAGACAUUGCCUGAUGGAUUCUCCAGGUUAAAACAACUUUAUGGUCUCAACAUCUGGUACAAUGUAUUCAAAGAGAUACCAGAGGAAGUCUGUUCACUUCUUCGACUUCAGAUCUUGAACUUGGCGUUCAACCCCCUCAAGUGUCUCCCUGACAAGAUAUCUCAGCUCACAGGGCUGACAAUGCUUCAUAUCAAUGAUUGUCAGUUUGAUGAGUUCCCCAGACAUCUGCAGCUGGAGGGUCUACAGGGGCUAUACAUGGGGAACUGGGCUGGGGAGGACAAACCUUCCCUUGUACCUGAAGACAUCGGCAGACUGAAGAACCUACAAGUCUUAGAUGUGCAGAGGAGUGGCCUGGAGUCAUUACCGGAUGGUGUUGGGGAACUGAUGCAGCUGAAGUACUUAAACAUCUCUGACAACAGAUUCACAUCAGUUCCUGAACAAAUCAUGAACCUGUCCAACAUCAGGGAGCUCCACUUGUCAGAUAACAGAAUUUCCCGCCUUCCCCUGACUCUGAGUCAAAUGGCCCAACUUAAGAACAUGUACAUUGAAGACAACCCCCUGACAUAUCCCCCUCCUGAUGUCUGUGAGAAAGGAACAGCUGCCAUCAUGGACUUCCUCAGAAUGGAGCUGAAGAAAAAGGAAGAUAAAGAACUGAGGAAGCUCUUCUCCCGUUUCUCACAAAAUGUGACCAAAGCACACGAGGUGGAGGAUCUGGCCGGAGCACUUGGGCUUUCCAUAGAGGAGACUUCAAAGACCCAAAUGCCAAGAUCCCAGGCCUUUAAAGUCUUAUUGAAGUGGAUGGAGACAGACAGUGAAGCGUCCAUGGACAAGCUUCAGCAGGAGCUGAGUGAAUUUGGCAUGGACCGUCUGGCACAGGAGGCAGGCCGAAUCAAGGCCCAACCAGUAAAGCGGCCGGCAGAUGCAUCAGGGGGGCCACCAGCCAAGCGACCGGCAGCCGGAGGGCCUUCUGGUGAGGGGCAUCAGGAGGAGCAGCAGACCAAGGAGAAGAUCAGACAGGCAGAACAGAAACUUGUACAGAUGCAGCAUCACAGUGAGAUACAGGAGGCCAUGGUCCACAGUCUCCGUGCAGAGGUAACCAGGUUUAGGGACAAGGAGGAGCAGGCACAGAAGGUCCUGCUGGACCACAAGCUGGAAAUACAACAACUACAGGAGGCUAACGUUGCCAUGGCAACAAGAGUAGACGACCUUCUUCAGGACAACGAGAAACUCAGAAGUCAGGUCGUGCUUCUUGGAGGCGAACAUGCUGAUGAACAGGCAACACAGGUGUUGGAACAGACCAUCCUGAUGUUCACAGAAAACGUCCUGCAGAAAUCCAGGCAGAGCAAACCAACCCUGGAGGAGAGUGAGCGGGCUACUGCAGCAGAAAGCCGUCUGCUGACGAAGCUGAGCUGCAGACUGGGUUCAGACUGGCGGCGGCUGGGAGCUGGCCUGGGGAUCCCACAGCCACGACUGGACAGCAUACAGGCACAGUACAACAACGCCAUCCAGCGGGCCUGCAGGGUACUGCAGGUCUGGAUUUGGGGAGGGCGCCACGGACUGCCUCACGACCUCAAGCAGCUGGAGACAGUCUUAAAGGACAUGGACAGGCCUGAUCUCUUAGACAUUGUUAAGACUGCCUUCAAGGACUACAUAGAGGAGAUGCCGGAAGUGGAGGUUGAACCUGAUGCUUCUGUAGAUGAGCAGGGAGUCACAACAUGGUCUGUACAACUGCCUGGCCGGGGGAAGUUCCUGUGCAAACACACUGACCUGGGGGUCGUUACCCCCUGCCCCGUCCAGCUGACCUACAGGACAGUGAACCUGUCUGAACACUGGCUGGAGAGCGAGGACUGGGAGCUGAUUGGUCCGCUCUUCCACAUCCAGUGUAACCAUGGUGAUGAUGUACCUGUGGAGCUCCUCCUGCCGCACAUCCUGGACCUGUCACAGGAGGACAGCAGUGCUCUAUCCCCGGAUGACGUCAGAGCUGCGCAUGUUGUGGCAGGAAACACGACACUUCAUCCUGCAGACAUCACCCCCACUCACUUCCUUACCAGGCAUCGGAACGGAUGCUUCUGGUCUCCCGUGAUGCAGAGAAUUCGAGCCCUCAUCUGGCCCAGGAGGGGCCUGCUCACUCUCUUCAAAACGUCUCAGACACACGACACUGUGGAGGUGAAGGCUGUCAUGGUCUCAAACACUAAGUACAGUGUCCAGGCAUUGCAGAAAUAUUUGUCGCAGCUUGACCCAAAGUUCUACUGGUGGGACUCCAUCACCUGCCCAGGCCUCCGGGCUCACCAGAUCUACUGUCUGCAGGCUUCCGUGGAAAAUGGAACUCUGGAUCUUGCUGACCCAGAGCCUCCUAGCGGACUGGAGUAUGAAGACACCCUGGACAGCAACAGGAUCUACCCGUCGUUCCACCUGAAUGUCAAGAGACACCCGGAUAGUGGAUGGGUGCAGCUGAACCUGCAGCUGUAUCCAGAGACGGAGGACAGUAACGUUGUCUGCAGCUGUAAAAGGCGUUUAAUAUAUGGUGGAGCUGAAGCUGGACCUAGUGACAGUGAAGAUGUCAGAAAACACUUCUUCUUCAUAAAAGAGAACGUCAGCACUGACUGGAUAAACCUGGCUCACUUCCUGGGCUUCACAAGACCGGCCAUUGAUGCAAUUCAGUACAAGCCAGCCAACCGUGAUGCCAAGGACUGCUGCAUGGACAUGUUGGAGCAGUGGAGGACACAGAGAGGCGCCGCCGCCACCUUACAGGUACUUCUGCAGGCUCUGACUGAGGCAGGGCUACAGGACACUGUGGAUCAGCUCAACACCAUGUAGAUACAGGCUCUGACUGAGGCAGGGCUACAGGACACUGUGGAUCAGCUCAACACCAUGUAGAUACAGGCUCUGACUGAGGCAGGGCUACAGGACACUGUGGAUCAGCUCAACACCAUGUAGAUACAUAAUGUAACCUUGGGCUUUACAUUUGAUCAGAGGAUUGGACAUACCAGAAGCUAGAUCUAAAGACUAAUAGAAGCUAGUACCAGUAACUCAUUUUUACCUGACUGAAGUGAAGACUUUGGUACAAAGUGCCUUAU